CCCCUUCUCUGGCCCCUCCAUAAUUCUCCUCGACCUUAGCUUCCCAGCAAGGAAAAAACUCGAGAGAUGGACUUGACGUGUCUGUCUGGGGCCAAGGGGAGCGGAGUGGUAGCAUCCCUGCGGCUUUUCCCGUUUUCCUCACCCCCUCCCGUUGCAUCCCUACUAGGAGUCCGGUAGGGAGAGAGAGCCCCGUUAACAGGGAUGCUUGGGGCCUGCGAACAGGCCCAAAGGAUAAAGGGCCUGGCUGAAAAUCUACUGCUGGGUUCCGUCUUCCGGUAUCCGAGUUCCAAAACGGGGUUGCUUGGGAUUGCCUCUCCUUUGGGGGGAGGGGGAAGGAAAGCGAGAAAAUCGGGAUUUAGGGCUUAAUUUGGAGUGGUGCAUUUGAGGUAGAGGGAGGCGUUGAGAAAAGAUUCCCCAGCCCCGCAGGAGUGGCCGAAGCCCGUGAAGGCGGCGUCUAGGGUGGGGAUGGGCUCCCCGCCGUUGGUGAUGCGGCGGCUGUAGUGCCGCGAGUUUCCCACAAUGCAGUGCGGUGCGCUGUCCCCGGUGCUGAUGCUGAGUGCAGCCCCUGAGCCUCCGCCUCGUCCGCCGCCCUCCCGUUCCCCACCAGGCUCGGGCCCCCGCCAUGGUCCGGGCCCGGAGGCCUCGGGAGGCCCAGGCGGGGGAGCCCUGGAAAGCAGCCUCCGAGCCGCCGUGGCGUUCAAGGCCGACGGCCAGCGCUGUUACCGAGAGAAGAAGUUCCGCGAGGCUAUCGGCAAGUACCACCGGGCGCUGCUGCAGCUGAAAGCGGCACAGGGAGCCCGCCAGCCCGGCCCAGGCCCCAGCCCCACGCCCCCGCGGCUCAGUGAGGAGCAGCGGCGCCUCAUGGAGAGCACGGAGGUGGAGUGCUAUGACAGCCUCACUGCGUGUCUGCUGCAGUCGGAGCUGGUGAACUACGAGAGGGUGCGGGAGUACUGCUUCAAGGUGCUGGAGAAGCAGCAGGACAACUUCAAGGCCACUUACCGGGCAGGCAUCGCCUUCUACCAUCUGGGCGACUACAGCCGCGCCCUGCGCUACCUGCAGGAGGCCCGGAGCCGGGAGCCCACAGACACCAACGUCCUUCGCUACAUUCAACUGACCCAGUUGCGGAUGAGCCGGUGCAGCCGAGAGCGAGAAGGUGGGAGCAGCGGGGGUCCCGCUCGAGCUCGAGAUGUGAUUGGCUAAUCCACUGGCCUCACUCCUGGGGUCCCCCUCCCCAGGCCCGUGUCGCGUGCUUUGUGUGAGACUUGGGAGUCCAGCCCUGGGAGGAGCAGGGGGAAGGGGUGGGGAAGCUCCUGCCCACUGAUGCCAACUUCCCGUUUUGCCCCUGCCUUGUUGGCGGCUUCUAUUUAUCCGUGACUACAAUGAGGGUGAUCGCCCCUGGCUGGACCCACCGAAGGGGGCUGUUGUGAGGGUCCCAAGAUAAUAAAUGUGAAAAAGUUAA